AUGGCGACUCCAACAACUCUGGCUGAUCGGCACAUGAUGUCAGCACUCUUUCCUGAAGACGUUUCCCCUCGGGUGUACUACAAACGUCACGCAAGUGGAAAUGUCCUGUCGAGCCAGACAAGGCAGUGUGUUUUGAACGUUUAUUCUUGGAUUUCUUGGCAGUACCAAGAAAAAAAUGUGGUGGAAGUCGUCAACCUGACUGCCGCCGCAACGGGGAUCAGCGUUAGCUCGGUCUACGAGAUCAAGCGUGGCUUCAAACGUGCCAACGGAGCUGUAAAAUCUCCUUCAAAGAAGUGCCCGAAAUUCGCUGAGAAAAGGAAGAGGAUUUCAAAACACGACGCGUGCACUUUGACGGCCGUGAGAAGCUGCCUGCACAAUUUCUUCUGUCGAGGGGAGAUUCCAACGUUGAAGAAAAUCGCCGCUCGUCUCCAAGAAGACGACGUGCUGCCGUCCUGUUCCGGGUCUACCCUGUAUCGCCUGCUGAAGGACAUUGGUUUCAAGAAACAGAAACGGAAUCGCAACUCCUUCCUAAUUGGGAGAGAGGACAUCGUCGAGUGGAGGCGGCGGUAUUCGAGGGCAAUCGGAAAGCACAGAGCUCAGAACCGCAAGAUCUACUUCCAGGACGAGACUUGGGUGAACGCCGGCCUUACAGUUGACAAGGUGUGGACUGACAGCACCAUAAAGUCAGCAAGGCAAGCCUUCAUGUCUGGACUGACGACCGGGCUAAAGGUUCCUUCUGGAAAAGGUGAAAGAGUGAUUGUCACCCACGCAGGUAGUGACACUGGCUUCGUGUCCGGCUGCCUGGACGUGUUCCGUGGGAAGAAAAAGGGGGACUACCACGAUGAAAUGGACUCGAACAGGUUUGAAGCAUGGUUUCUUCAUCUGCUGGACCACAUCGAGCCUAACAGCGUAAUUGUUAUAGACAACGCGCCAUACCACAGCAGAAAGGCUGAAGCAGUUCCCACAACUGCAACAAAGAAGGGCGAGAUCCAGCAGUGGCUCUCUUCCAAGAACCUAGACUGGACUGCCACAAUGAAGAAAAAAUACCUUCUGAGCAUCCUGGCAACGGUGAAGGAUCGCUACACAAAGUACAAAGUUGACGUCAUGGCUACGGACGCCGAACACACAGUGUUGAGGAUCCCACCGUACCACUGCGAACUAAAUCCCAUAGAGUUGAUAUGGGCACGAGUCAAGCAGGAGGUAGCCUCCAAGAACAUCACAUUCAAGCCCAAUGACGCUGAGCGGCUCUUGAGGGAAGCAGUGGACAACGUAACAGCUGUCCAUUGGCAUGAAUGUGUAGAGCAUGUGAAAAAAAUGGAGGCGAAGUUUCGAGAAUGUGAUGCCCCAGAGUCGAACCUCGAGCCAGUCAUCAUACCCCUCGAUGCAAGCGACACGGAGAAGGAGAGUGGAGACGACGACGAAGCUGACGACGAGGAUGAAGGUGAAGAGAUCUUCGGUGUUAAGCCAUUAGAAUAG